CUUGCACAUACCAAAUAAAAAACUCCCAAUUAUUACGCUCUCUUGUAGUUGUAGUUAUAGUUGUCCUCACCUUGUUUUAUUAUUAUUAUUAUUAUUAUAUUAUUAUUAUUAUUAUUAAUUAAAUUAAUUAACGAUAAACCUUUCAUUAGUGAGAAGUAGUAUUAAGUAAAUAUUAGUAGUUGUUACUCUAUGAUUUUAAAAAAAAAUAAUUAAUGAAAAGUUGAUAUCUCUCAUUCUUAUUGUGUGUCUUUUUUCCCCUCUCUUUACUGUAUCCUUGUUCUCCGAUGUUGGUGGUGCUGUCUCUCUUAAGGAUGCAACUGCAGGUAUCAACACUUACAUCUCACUUCCAUUUUUUCUGAUUUCCUCUUAUGAAUUAUCCUCUGUUUUUCUGCUCUAACUCCAGUCCUACUAUACUUUUCUGACACCAAUUUAUAAAUUGCCUUUCCUCUUUUUGAAUUGUACGAUUUAUUAGAUCUUGAGUUUAGUAGUAUAGAUAGAUUAACUCAGGCUGUGGAGAAAUGCCCACAAAAGCCGGAAAUGUGGAAGAUGGAUUCAAAUCUGGUGGAGGGUCUAAACAAGUAAAUAUGCUGUUUGGACAGCCAUGGUGGCGUAGUCUGAGUAACAAUGGAAUCUCUGCAACUUCAACUUCAAAUGAUUCCACAACUAGAACAUCUAGUGGGGAACCAGUGAAUGGUUCUGCCUUGGCUGGAUGUUUUUCGGUGCAUAUCCAUGGGAUGCAGGAUACUGGAGCUAGUGCUUGUAGACAGAUCCAAACUGCAUUGGCCCCUCAAUCGGAUCGGGAUAAUGCACAUGGUCAGCAGCCUUGUAAACAAUUGACAUCCUCAAUGCCUCAAAAUAUCGCGGACCAGUCAAAUUCACAAAUGGAACUCGCUGGCCACUCGAUUGUAUUGACAUCAUAUCCAUAUCAAGAUCCAACAUAUGGAGGAGCAAUGGCUUAUGCCCAGUUACAACAGGUGAAUCCGCAGUUGUAUGGAUUGCACCAGAGCAGAAUGCCACUUCCCCUUGCGAUGGAGGAAGAGCCAGUUUAUGUAAACGCCAAGCAGUAUCAUGGGAUUUUAAGGCGCAGGCAAAUACGAGCUAAGGCUGAGUUAGAAAAGAAAAUAAUAAAGUCAAGAAAGCCAUAUCUUCAUGAAUCUCGUCACUUGCAUGCUUUGCGAAGGGCUAGAGGUGCUGGAGGCCGUUUUCUGAAUACAAAGAAGCAUGAAGACAAUACUGCUGAUUCAUCAAAAACGGAUGGAAAUUUAGCUACCAACCUUCAGAUAUGUUCUGCUAGUUUAGGACAUUCUGAACGUAAGUCAUCAACCUGCAGUGCAAGUGCUGGUUCUUGGAAUCAAAAAGAAGCAAGAGGAAUGAUGAUUUCAGACAUGCACAAGGCAGAGUCACAUUCUAGUAGCGGCACUAAUGUUCAUGGUCUGUCAUCAACAUACCGUUCCUUUUCUGGUCCUAAGGAAGAAAGAAACAACUAUGGCCGGGGAGGAAUGAAACUGAAUGGCGUCGUUUCAGUCAAGUAGCUAGGAAUCACUUAAUGCUUGAAGAGACGGCUGCCAUCUUACAGUCUGGUUACAUGAGCAGUUAUGGGCCCAUUCCUUAAAGAAAGUGGAGUCCCAGGCAAUUCAUUCUUGGCUUUGGUGUGUGGUUUAAAGUGGUCUGGGUGUAGGAGAAAAAGAUGGAGUAUGUUUCUUCUACCUGCUGUUCCUCCUUUCACAACCAAGUUAUGUAUUGUGUAUAAUGUAGUCAGCUUGUCAUGUGAAAUAAAUAAGGAUUUUACCCUCCUUUCAAAUUAUGUGUGAAUUACUUUUUCAUUAUAAAACAAAUGUUAAAAUAGUGUUUCUCUUGGAUUUUGUCAAUGCUUUCCUUUUGGUUGGGAAGAUAGCAUUGCCUAAUCUAUCCACACUACAGUUUCCCAUUCUUCUUAUAAAUUAUAAACUGACCAUUUUAUUUUACCCU